UGACAUCCAGGAACCUCCACAUGUGGACGGUUCUUCGCUCUGAGGGAUGAUUAAAAGCUGAGAGCUGUCCUGGAGCUAAUCAGUCGGAAAGAUGACUUCCCAGGAGGUUCGUAUCUGCGGUCUUCUGCUGCGCGAACACUUCGGCGAGGUGGUGGAGAAAGUGGGAACACACCUGCUCAGAAGUGGAGCACAGAACCUAAGAACCAUCAUUCAUGAAACCGGCCUCUCUGUGGACCUGGUGAAGAAGUCCCUGAUGGUACUCGUCCAGCACGGCGCCUGUUUGUUCAGCUCCGGCCGUAAAGGACCCGGCAGCCCGACUGAGUACCGCAGCAGCUCCGAGCGGAUCCUGAGGAUCCUACGAUACCCACGGUACAUCUACACCGCCAAGACGUUGUACGGAGACACCGGAGAGCUGAUCAUAGAGGAGCUGCUGCAGAGGGGACACAUGACGAUGAGCGGCUCGGUGAAGACGGUCGCCGAUCGGCUCACGCAGAACAUGGAGGAGGGCCGCAGCAUGGACUACAGCGAGGUGUCUUCGACCUUUUCCAAACUGGUGGAGACGCACUUCCUCCAGCGCUGCCCCCCGCCGGCCGCAGCAGGAGCCGCCGACAAGGCCGCCCCAGCUCAGACUCCUGCCGCCCCCGGUGCUCCAGCCGCCCCGGCCAGCGCCGCGCCGCCCACACCGGAGAGCUUCCCCGACUGCUACAAGGUGCCUCAUGUGACCCUCAUCGGUCGAGGCAAGCGGCAGCUCGCCACCGAGGACGGGGAGGACCAGAGGAACGCCAAAAGAGCCAAAAUGGACUCAGAGGCCCAUGGCGACGAGGGGAUUUACUGGCAGGUGAACUUUGAGCGGUUCCACCUCCACUUCAGAGACCAGGCCAUCAUCAGCGCCGUCGCCAACAAGCUGGACCAGACCAGCAGUGAGAUCGUGAGGACCAUGCUGAGGAUGAGCGAGGUCACCACGGCGCCUGCAGCCACCUGCACCAAGCCGCUGUCGGCCAAUGAGAUCUUCAGAUCCCUGCCGGCCAGCUACAACAUCCCCAGACCCAUCCUGGACCAGUACCUGACUCUGCUGGUGGAUGACCCGAUGGAGUUUGUGGGGAAGGCCGGUGAGAGCGGAGGAGGGAUGUAUGUCGUCAAUCUGCACAGAGCGCUGGCUAACCUGGCCCGAGCCACGCUGGAGUCCGUCGUCCAGGAGAGAUUCGGCUCCAGAUCCGCUCGCAUUUUCCGCCUGCUGCUGAGGAAGCGUCACCUGGAGCAGAAGCAGGUGGAGGACUUCGCCAUGAUCCCGGCCAAGGAGGCCAAAGACAUGUUGUACACGCUGCUGUCUCAGAACCUGGUGCAGCUGCAGGAAAUCCCAAAGACUCCCGACUACGCUCCUUCUCGCACCUUCUACCUUUACACCGUCAACCAGCUGCCGACGGCCAGGAUGCUGCUGCAGAACUGCUACAAGACGGUGGCCAACCUCAUCGAGCGACGCCUGUUUGAGGCCAAAGAGAGCAAGCGGCUGCUGGAGAAAUCCCAGCGGAUCGAAGCCAUCCUGGCGUCCCUGCAGGCCAGCGGGGCCGAACCGGAGCAGCUGACGGAGGUGGAGGAGAUGAUCACAGCUCCGGAGAAGCAGCAGUUGGACGCUCUGAGGCUCCACAUCAACAAGUUAGACUCUGCAGAGAACCAAGUAGACGAAACCAUCUUCCUGCUGGAGUCCUACGUCAACUCCACGGCCACGUCCACGAGCUGAGUCCGAUUCAGGAGCGUCACUUUUUGUACUUAUUAUUUCUUGUCGGGUCUGAUUGUUUCAUAGUUUAUAGUCGGGAUGUUUUGGUUUUUAUUGCAUCAGCAGUGAAUAAACAGAACACACACAAAAAA